UCAGACACGUUUGCAAGAACGAUCUUCUUCAAACGUACUACGUCAUUUGUUUAAUUAACAUAUCGGUAAAGAAAAAAUUAAGAUUCAUAUAAGAGGACUAACGAGUGCGAGCACUGCUAUUUUACAAGCUAGAAAAUGUACGCGCUUCAAUUGUCGGUUGUGGGGAUACUCGUUGUCCUCGGAAGCGUGAAAUGUUCGGUUUCGAGUAUUUUCGAUGUUAUUAACCAGAGAGAUACAACGACUCCUUGCAAAGCAACGAGAGAGUGUUUAAAUUGCAAACAAUCCAGACUAUGUAUGUUAAACAAUAAUGGGAUACUGGAACAGGUCGCCAUUAUAAAUUGUACUUCUAAUUCUAAUUCUGCAACACCAUAUUGCGAUAAGGACACUGGUUUGUGCAGUAGCGUAGCUUCAAACCAAUGCCUUUCGAAUGAAUUCAUCUGUCCUUUCGUCGACGGAAUAUAUCCAGAUCCUAACAAUUGUAGGAGAUAUCACCUUUGUGCAAAAGGUUAUAGAACAACGAAUAUUUGUCCACCUAACAACGUUUACGACACACGUUUGCAAAAUUGCAAGCUAUCUUAUUAUUACUAUGACUGCACUACUGUUAAUUGCAGAGGUAAGGAAGGUCAGUUUUUCGCUUAUCCAACGGACGACCGAAUAUAUGGAAGUUGUGUGGAAGAACGACCAUACCUUAUUGGACGAUGUGAGGAUUACGAAAAAUUUGAUGUUAAUUUGAAUAGAUGUGUCAGAGUUUGUAGAAAACUUGAAAAUCAAUAUACCAAUGAUUGUCAAAAAUAUAUACGCUGUGCCGAAGUUAGGAGAGGACAAUAUCAACCAGUUUUGCAAUACUGUGCCUGCGAUCAAGGUUUUGAUAAGAUUAAAGGUAUCUGCACAACAACAGCAGAGUGUUUGAAAGGGAAUAAUACCUGCAAAACGACAGCACUACUUAGCGAUCUAUUGGGUCUUCCUGAUGACUACGAUGAAGAUAAUGAUUCCGUAGAAGAAGAAGAAGAAAACGAGCAGGAUCCACAGGUGUCUGAUUUGAUCAUCAAUAAUUCGGAUAAUAAAAACAGUAACAACAAUAUAUCUAAUGGUGAUGAUAAUGCAAACGGUAAUAUUGUGAAUGGCAAUAGUAACCAAAAUAAUUCGAAUUCUGGAGACGUAAAUAACAUAAAGAGACCAGCAUUACGUCAAUUCAUUAUCAAUAAUUCAGGAAAUAGUCAUGGUUCGAAUAAGGUGUCUAACGGAAACGAUGAGGAAAAUGGUAAUAUAGUUAAUGGUAAUGGCAAUAGUAAUAAUAAGAACGAAGGUGACAUAGGUAACGUAAAAGCGAACAGACCUGGUCUACGUUCUUUAAUUAUUAAUAAUUCAGAAAAUACUCACAGUGAUAAUGAUGUUUCUAAUGGCAACGAUAGUGAUAAUGGUAAUAUAGUUAAUGGUAAUGGCAAUAGUAAUAAUAAGAAUGAAGGUGACGUAGGUAACGUAAAAGUGAACAGACCUGGUCUACGCCCUUUAAUUAUUAAUAAUUCAGGAAAUAGUCACAGUAAUAAUGAUGUCUCUAACGGCAACGAUAGUGAUAAUGGUAAUAUAAUUAAUGGUAAUGGCAAUAGUAAUAAUAAAAACGAAGGUGACGUAGGUAACGUAAACGUGAACAGACCUGGUCUACGCCCUUUAAUUAUUAAUAAUUCAGGAAAUAGUCACAGUGAUAAUGAUGUCUCUAACGGCAACGAUAGUGAUAAUGGUAAUAUAAUCAAUGGCAACGGCAAUAGUAAUAAUAAGAACGAAGGUGACGUAGGUAACGUAAAAGCGAACAGACCUGGUCUACGCCCUUUAAUUAUUAAUAAUUCAGAAAAUAGUCACAGUGAUAAUGAUGUCUCUAACGGCAACGAUAGUGAUAAUGGUAAUAUAGUUAAUGGCAAUGGCAAUAGUAAUAAUAAGAACGAAGGUGACGUAGGUAACGUAAACGUGAACAGACCUGGUCUACGCCCUUUAAUUAUUAAUAAUUCAGGAAAUAGUCACAGUGAUAAUGAUGUCUCUAACGGCAACGAUAGUGAUAAUGGUAAUAUAAUCAAUGGCAACGGCAAUAGUAAUAAUAAGAACGAAGGUGACGUAGGUAACGUAAAAGCGAACAGACCUGGUCUACGCCCUUUAAUUAUUAAUAAUUCAGAAAAUAGUCACAGUGAUAAUGAUGUCUCUAACGGCAACGAUAGUGAUAAUGGUAAUAUAGUUAAUGGCAAUGGCAAUAGUAAUAAUAAGAACGAAGGUGACGUAGGUAACGUAAACGUGAACAGACCUGGUCUACGCCCUUUAAUUAUUAAUAAUUCAGGAAAUAGUCACAGUGAUAAUGAUGUCUCUAACGGCAACGAUAGUGAUAAUGGUAAUAUAGUCAAUGGCAAUAGCAAUGAUAAUAAUAAGAACGAAGGUGACAUAGGUAACGUAAAAGUGAACAGACCUGGUCUACGCCCUUUAAUUAUUAAUAAUUCAGAAAAUAGUCAUAGCAAUAAUGAUAUUUCUAACGGCAGCGACAGUGAGAAUGGUAAUAUAAUUAAUGGCAAUGGAAAUGCUAAUAACACGAAUGAAGGUAACAUAAGUAAUCGUAAUUGAAAUUGAUAUUUUGAUAAUGUAGGAAAAUGAUAGACUGUAAUAUCUGCAUGUAUAUAUAUAUAUAUAUAUAUAUAUAUAUAUAUAUAUAUAUACAAUA